CUGGUAACCAGCCGAUUCCAGAAGGAAUGAAGUGUUAUCCUCAGUUGUGGUUAUCGUUCAUCUUUGCACGAUCGGCGUUUCAUUGUUGUUUUGCAACAGAAAUGUUCGAUUUUGAAGAGUUGAAAAAUGAAACUCGUCCGUUCCAAUUGCAGGUGAUGCGAUUAGUCUGUCUUGACGCACCGUACGAGGAAACUGUUUUAACGCUUUGUCGAGCAUUUUUACGCCGCAAUCAACCAACGCUUCUGCGCGUAACGCUAGAAGUGCCCGGGUUGUACAACUACGUGUUACUUCAAUUCCGAUUGCACUACAAGUUCAGGACGUAUCAGCCAUUUCUAAUAGAUGGUGAAAUUGACACAUGCACCUUUGUGAAGGAGUCGAAACUCGAUCCCGUACCUAGCUAUAUAUAUAGUGUUAUGCAAGAAGUUGCUCCGGAUGUAUCAGCUCCCUGUCCACUUGGUAACAAAACGUUCAACGUGACGACUAUGUUUAAGGUGGAAUACGCCCCGAAGUCGGUCCCGGCCGGGGACUACAGGAUGGAUAUAAGGGUCGCAAGUAGAGCGAAUGUUACUCUGAUUAAUUUUCAAGUUUACGUUGCAGUCAGACGUAAAGGAGUGUUGGGAUCUAUGCUAGAUUGGUAA